UCUGGAAGUAGGGUGGGUGCUUCCUGAUGUCCGAGUUUGCGAGGAUAAGGAAAUGGCAGGUGCCGCUACGAAGGUUUGCGUAACCGGUGCGGGAGGCUUUCUGGCUUCUUGGCUCGUUAAGCUUCUUCUCUCCAAGCGGUAUUUUGUUCAUGGCACCGUCAGACAACCUGGUAAUCAGAAGUAUGAUCACUUACUCAAAUUCGAGGGAGCUUCUGAGAACCUUAAGCUUUUCAAGGCUGAACUCUUAGAUUACGGGUCUCUUUCUUCGGCGAUUGCUGGUUGUAGAGCAGUUUUCCAUGUUGCUAGUCCUGUGCCUUCUACGACUGUAUCCAAUCCUGAGGUGGAAAUGAUUGAACCUUCUGUGACGGGCACUACUAACGUCCUCAAAGCUUGUCUUGAAGCAAAAGUGGAACGGGUUGUCUUUGUAUCUUCUCGAGCUGCUGUUUCCAUGAACCCAAACUUGCCCAAGGAUGCAGUGAUUGAUGAGUCCUGUUGGUCUGAUAAAGAGUACUGCAGAAGAACAAAGAACUGGUAUUUCUAUGCCAAGACAGAGGCAGAGUUGCAGGCCCUGGAUUUCGCCAGAAGCACUGGGCUAUCAGUGGUAACUAUUUGUCCUACUCUGGUGUUGGGGCCAAUUUUACAGUCAACUAUCGUCAAUGCAAGUAGCUUGGUUCUCCUCAAGCUAUUUAAAGGUCUUGAAUCACUGGAGAAUAAACAACGGUGGAUAGUAGAUGUGCGUGAUGUGGCUGAUGCGAUACUGAUGGCUUAUGAGAAGCCUGAGGCAGAGGGCAGAUACCUAUGCACUGCACAUCCUAUUAUGACAGAUGAAUUGGUAGAGAAAUUAAGGCGUAUAUACCCAAACUAUAGCUACCCUAAAAACUUUGUUGAGGUAGAUGACUGCAUAAAGUUUAGCUCAGAGAAAUUGCAGAGGUUGGGUUGGAGAUACAGGCCACUGGAAGAAACACUAGUUGAUUCUGUUGAGAGCUAUAAGGCCACAGGGCUUCUGGAAUCAAAAUAACUUUGUUUCUUUCUGUCUCAAUACACUGUGGAACUAACAUGGAUCCUUUAAGCUUUCAGAAGUACUUUUUCACAAAACGAGGCUAAAAGCACUUUUAAAACCAUAGUUUAGUUUUUACAUAAAUACCACUUAAGUGACGAAUGUGAUUGUACUUAAAAUAAGGUGGUUGUCUUGUUAAAGUCUAGUUUGCAUGAUAAGAAUGGAUAAAGACGUGAGUAGUGUGUUUAAGGUUUUAAA